ACACAUUUUCUUGCAGUGCGCGGCGGUGUAUCUUCCUCUUGUCAAUUUAAGUAUAAAUUGGUCGCGCGGCUAAAAAAAAUUAAUUAAAGUUGUUCAGCAUCAUUGCUGGCACACAAAGUAUAUAAAAUCCGCCGACGCCGCGCUUAGGAAAAGCCGGCAGCACAUCCACAGAGAAAAUGCAGUCUCAUAGCAAAAAACGCGUUUGCUAUUAUUACGACAGUGAUAUUGGCAACUAUUACUAUGGCCAGGGACAUCCGAUGAAGCCACACCGCAUACGCAUGACACACAAUCUGCUGCUCAAUUAUGGGCUUUAUCGCAAGAUGGAAAUUUAUCGACCGCACAAAGCCACUGCCGAUGAGAUGACCAAGUUCCAUUCCGAUGAAUACGUGCGAUUCCUGCGCUCCAUUCGCCCGGACAACAUGACCGAGUAUAAUAAACAAAUGCAGCGUUUCAAUGUCGGCGAGGAUUGUCCGGUUUUCGAUGGACUCUACGAGUUCUGUCAGCUGUCCGCCGGAGGCUCAGUUGCCGCUGCCGUCAAGCUGAACAAACAGGCCUCGGAGAUCUGCAUCAAUUGGGGUGGGGGACUGCAUCAUGCCAAGAAAUCGGAGGCAUCUGGUUUCUGUUAUGUAAAUGACAUUGUAUUGGGAAUUCUGGAGCUGUUGAAGUAUCACCAGCGUGUGCUGUACAUUGACAUUGAUGUGCAUCACGGAGAUGGUGUGGAGGAGGCUUUCUAUACCACAGAUCGCGUGAUGACCGUGAGCUUCCACAAGUACGGCGAAUACUUUCCGGGCACGGGAGAUUUGCGUGACAUUGGCGCCGGCAAGGGCAAGUAUUAUGCCGUGAAUAUACCGUUAAGGGAUGGCAUGGACGAUGAUGCAUACGAGAGCAUCUUUGUGCCCAUCAUCUCCAAGGUAAUGGAGACCUUCCAGCCGGCAGCUGUUGUUCUCCAGUGUGGAGCGGAUUCGCUGACCGGAGAUCGUCUUGGCUGCUUCAAUCUGACUGUCAAGGGACACGGCAAGUGUGUGGAGUUUGUGAAGAAGUAUAAUCUGCCCUUCCUCAUGGUCGGCGGUGGUGGUUACACCAUUCGCAAUGUUUCCCGCUGCUGGACAUAUGAGACAUCCGUCGCCUUGGCUGUGGAGAUUGCCAAUGAGCUGCCGUACAACGAUUACUUUGAAUACUUUGGCCCAGAUUUUAAGCUGCACAUCAGUCCCAGCAACAUGACCAACCAGAACACCUCCGAGUAUCUGGAGAAGAUCAAGAAUCGGCUGUUUGAGAAUCUGCGCAUGUUGCCACAUGCGCCAGGUGUCCAGAUACAGGCGAUACCCGAGGAUGCCAUCAACGAUGAGUCCGAGGAUGAUGAUAAGGUGGACAAGGAUGAGCGUUUGCCACAGAGCGACAAGGAUAAACGCAUUGUGCCGGAGAAUGAGUAUUCCGACUCGGAGGAUGAGGGCGAAGGCGGCAGACGCGACAAUCGCACCUACAAGGGUCAAAGGAAGCGACCGCGUCUCGACAAGGACACCAUCAACACCAACUCGAGCAACAAAACCUCCUCGGAGACCUCCAGCGACAUCAAGGAUGACAAGGAGAAGGCUGAAGCCGCUGAUGGAGAGGAAACGACGGCGGCCAACAGCAACAAUAGCAACAACAGCAACAAUAGCAACAACAAGGGCGACAGCGAUGCUAGUGCCACAACCGGUGGCGCCUCGGCGACCAAGGGCGCCAAGGAGAACAACAUAUGACGUGGCGGCCGCAAUUGGUUAUAGAAACCAAUUAAGCGACCGCCCAAAUACAAGCCGCCGGAUUUUACCUAGCAUCCCGCUACAGAUAGUCCCUAAUCAAUUGUCCCGCAUUGUAAUCCAACCUUCCCCCCUCACCUCCUUUGUCAUAUGCAUGCCUCCUUAGACUAAGUAUCUAACUCAUCAAUGGACAUCGUCAUUAUAUCAUUCUGGCCAACUUGGCCCAUAAACACAAAUGUCAUAGUAAACUAAAAUACAAUUUAUGAUAAGGCAAUUUCAUUCAGUGUAAAGCGAAUUCGUGUUUAAGCUAAGCAACAGUUACAUUUAAAGAUACAAACUAACAGAUACAGCUAAACGAUAACAGAUACAUAUACAUUUACAGAUACAGAUAUAAACUGCAAUUACAGAUACACAACUUACCUUUUAAGCGAGAUCAAUUUCAAUGCAGAAAUACCAAUUUUUAAUCAAUAAAACUUUUUAAAUAUUGCCGUGUAAA